AUGGUUCGAGUUCAGAAGCUUACGCCCGAAGUUCUGCUGAGCGACCCAAGGCGUGGCCCGGCCGUUCCAAAUAGAGACGGGACUCAUGCACUCUACACAGUGUCAGCACACGUCCUCGGUGACAAAACUACCCAUGAAGUCCGGAUUCUCGACAUCAAGACGGGAAACUCCACCCGGCUUUCUAAUGAUCCUCGAGUCCAUGAUGCCGUGUGGAUUCCCGGCACAGAGCUUGACAUCCUCUACCUGCGGUCGGCAGAAAAGGGCCGAACCCAGGUCAUGGUGGCAUCUGCUGGAGAUGUGUCCGCCGAGCACUACAUGGCGGCAGAAAUCGACGCCCCCGUGUCAAACCUGAAGCUCAAAGAGCUGGCUGAUGGAAGCGUCGCCUUUGUAGUCACAGGUCUGGUUGGUGACUCUGGGCUGUACAACCAAGAGGCUGUCCAGAGGGGAUCAACAGCAAGGAUUUACGACGCUGAAAUCCCCAUUUGGAAUGCCUCACGUAGACCAAAUAGAUGCAGUCUCUGGUACAACGAGCUUGUCCUCCGCGACCACCACUGGACGCUUCAAGGGGAGCUCCAUAACCUGAUUGACGAUAUAGAUUUGGAGGCUCCAUCUCGCACGUAUACCGAUGUGCCCUGCAACGACUUUGAUAUUUGCCGUGGCGGGAUUGCUUUUGCUGCGAGAAACCUGAGAGAGCGAGGGCCAGACGGAAGCCCUGCCACUUCCAUUUACUUUGCGUCUCUGCACUCAUUCUCUUUGCCGCCAUAUGGAAUGCCCAGACAAAUUUUUAUACCCACUACCUUUGAACCUGCUUUGAUAACAAACGUCCGAUUUACCCCAAACUCGUCAAGCAUCGGCUUUCUCUACACAGCCCAUGAAGACCCCUACAACACUCGGCUGUUUUUGUCUUCCGUCUCCUCGCUGGACGCUUUUGAUGUCUUCGACCUCGUGACUUGCGCCGAUGAUGAGGAUCAAAACCCACCAAGGGCCUUUGAGUUUGCCGGUAGUUCCGACUCUGUGAUUUUGCGAAGCCACCAGCUGGGUCACGAAACCCUUUCCCUCCUCAUGCUGGAGGACGGGGCCAAGCCGAGCGUUUUCUUCACCGGCAGCAGCUGUAAUGCCUUUUAUCCGUUGACAGAGGGAGGCUGGGACUUUCUCCUAACAACGUCGUCCAGUUUUGUUGACAGUAGCCUGUGGCAGAUUGUCCAAGUUUCGGAAGCCAAUGUCGUGAGGACAAUCUCUUCAGCAACCAAGAGCGGUGCCAAAUUUGGUCUUUCCUCCGAUAUGGUGACCGAGAUCUGGUGCGAGGGUGCAAACCGGCACUUUAUUCACUGUUGGAUGAUUCGGCCGCGAGAUUUUGACGAGACCAAAGAGUAUCCUUGGGUUCUGAUGCCUAAUGGUAGCCCGGCCAUGGCUUGGAAUAAUGAAUGGUCCACGACGAACAACUUUGCUGCUUGGGCGUCGCAAGACUACAUCAUUAUCCUUCCCAGCAUUGCUGGUAGUAGCGGGUACGGGCUAGAGUUUACGAGACGCAUUCGUAAUCAAGGAGGAGACGAGCCGUUUCAAGAUCUCCUCAGCCUCAUCGACGAUCUAGAAAAUGUGCCGUAUCUUGACAAGGCAAAGGCCGCGGUGGUGGGAAGCAGCAGUGCCACAUAUCUUGUGAAUAAGCUGUUGGGACACGAAGUUGCCAAAAAGUUUUGUUGCGCAGUCUACCAAAGCGGUACGAUCGAUCCCCCGGUGACCUCGUCGCAUAAAGAGCCCAUCUUUGACAACUUUGACAAACUCGAUCCAUCAUACCAAUACACGGAAUCAGAGAUGAUUUAUGAGAACGACAUGGCCCGAUCAACCUUUUUCUAUGGCUGGAAAAAUGCGCCGCCAACCCUCAUUAUCCACGGAGAGAAAGAUAAACAAUGCUCGAUUACAGAGGCGUUGACGGCAUUCAACUCGUUGCAGGCCCAGGGCGUCCCCAGUCGGUUAUUGACCUUUCCAGACGAAGGCCAUGUUGCUACGAAACCAGAAAACACCGUCAUGUGGUAUGAUGUCGUCUUCGAUUGGGUCAAGAGAUGUGUCGAUGGCGACGUUGGGAGGGAGGAUAUUUUCUAA